AUAAAUUAUUAAUUUAUGUUUUUAAUGGGACUAUACAUUUACACACAGUUUUCUAGAAUAUAUUAUUUUAUCGAUUUGGGUCAUAUUUUGAACAUGACCAACUGAGGACCGAAAGAAUUUAUUAAUUUAUUGUGUUAUUAAUUGAUUGAGUAUUAUUUAAAAGAGUUUCUACUGUAUAUACAACAAAACGUAAUGAUGAACAAUCGAGUGUAAUAAAAAAAUGAGUAAUAUAGUCCAUCUGAAAUGUUAAAUCCGAAUCAUAAUCCUAAUUAACUUCAUACAAUAAUCAACUAAAGCUCUUUCUAUGUAAAUUUAAUACAUGUAAAUGAUAAACCUUAAAAUUAUAAUAAAUAAAUGAAAUAAAAUAUCAACCUAACUUUCAUGACUCAAUUAUAUUGUACAAAUUCAUUUAUUCAGAUAAAUGUAGAAUUUGUUCAGAUAGGUGCGGCGGCGCGGCGGGACGAAGUUAUAUAUUUCAAAUAAAAAUAUUAGAUAUUGUAUGAUAUAUUUAUGUAUCUAUAAAAAAAAAAUUGAUAACCGUGGGAAUCCUAAAGGCUUUCUAGGUCCAAAUACUAUUUAUAUAUAUUUAUAUUCAACAACACAAAUGUUAUACAUAAAAAUUACAUUUAUCAAACUAAAAUAAAGUUCCAAGUGAACAAAACUUGUAACUAUUGCUUGAAAUCUUUAGAUUUAUGUUAAUUAUAUUCUCGUAUGUUUCUAACUUCAGGAUAGGAAAAAACAAAGAGAGAGAAACGAAUCUUGUUAGAUCUGGUUUUACUGUAAACAACUGAUUUUAGGACAAAACUUGUUGAUGAGAGGAAAACACUGGAUCUUGACAUCUUCUAAUCUAUAUUUUUAUCCCUGAAAUUUUGUUUAACCAUAACGGGUAAUCAGUUAACUAAGUAUUUUCUUAACAGUCGGUAUUAGUUAGUUUUUGUUGUGAGCAUUACACAUUUAUUUAAACCCAUUCCAUCAUCCCAAUAAUUCCAUCAUCCACAAGAACCAAAGUUCAUUUUCCAUUUUCAUACUCUCUUCUAUUAAUUAAUUUCAUUGUCUUGCAAUCAUAGUGAAGACGAUGAGUUCCUCUGGAAUAGAGAAAGGUGUUGUCACUGCAGAAGCCGAGGCGCCGAGGGGGAAUAGAAGCCGGUUUGCUUUUGCAUGUGCAAUCUUAGCCUCCAUGACUUCAAUCAUCCUUGGUUACGACAUUGGAGUGAUGAGUGGAGCUGCAAUUUUUAUAAAAGAAGAUUUGAAACUGUCAGACGUACAGCUUGAGAUUCUCAUGGGAAUUUUAAACAUCUACUCCCUGGUAGGUUCAGGCGCCGCGGGGAGAACUUCUGAUUGGAUCGGGAGACGAUACACCAUAGUGUUGGCAGGAGCCUUCUUCUUUUGUGGUGCCCUUCUCAUGGGGUUUGCCAUAAAUUAUCCUUUCAUUAUGGUUGGCCGUUUUGUAGCUGGUAUUGGCGUCGGUUAUGCUAUGAUGAUCGCACCGGUUUACACGGCUGAAGUUGCUCCUGCUACUUCUCGUGGUUUUCUCAGCUCUUUCCCUGAGAUAUUUAUCAACAUUGGUAUACUUCUUGGGUACGUAUCGAACUACUUUUUCGCCAAGCUUCCCGUGCAUAUUGGGUGGAGAUUCAUGUUAGGUGUCGGAGCGAUUCCCUCAGUGUGCCUAGCCAUCGGAGUGUUGGCAAUGCCCGAGUCUCCGAGAUGGCUAGUCCUCCAGGGUCGCCUUGGGGAUGCUUUUAAAGUCCUCGACAAAACCUCAAACACCAAAGAAGAAGCCAUCUCUAGACUCAAUGACAUCAAACGGGCUGCCGGAAUUCCCGAGGACAUGACAGACGAUGUUAUAGUUGUUCCCAACAGGAAGAGUGCCGGAAAAGGCGUGUGGAAGGAUCUUCUUGUCCGGCCAACCCCUGCUGUCCGACAUAUCCUAAUAGCAUGUCUCGGUAUCCAUUUCGCUCAGCAAGCCUCCGGAAUUGACGCGGUCGUCCUUUACUCUCCGACCAUCUUCCAAAAGGCUGGACUGAAAUCCAAGAAUGACCAGCUCUUGGCAACUGUCGCUGUUGGAAUUGUCAAAACACUCUUUAUCGUUGUAGGGACUUGCGUGGUCGACCGGUUUGGACGCCGUGCCUUGUUGCUCACGAGUAUGGGCGGAAUGUUUCUUUCAUUGACCGCGCUUGGGACUAGUCUUACAGUCAUCGACAGAAACCCAGGACACACGCUCAAGUGGGCUAUUGUGCUUAGCGUUACAAUGGUAAUGACGUUUGUAGCAACAUUCUCAAUAGGUGCCGGCCCAGUGACGUGGGUCUACUGCUCAGAGAUAUUCCCUGUGAGGCUAAGAGCUCAAGGGGCAAGUUUGGGAGUGAUGUUGAAUAGAUUAAUGAGUGGUAUUAUCGGAAUGACAUUCCUAUCGCUUUCUAAAGGUCUAACCAUCGGUGGUGCAUUCCUUCUCUUUGCCGGAGUUGCUGCUGCUGCAUGGGUCUUCUUCUUUACUUUCCUUCCAGAGACACGAGGUAUACCUUUGGAAGAGAUGGAGAGUCUUUUCGGGAGCUACACUGCAAACAAGAAGAAGAAUGUUACAAAGGAAGGUAAAGAAGUGGUUGAGAAACACUGAUAAGAAAUAAUGAAAUAUGUUGUCGUGAAUUGGGGAAAUUUCAUUAGAAAGAAAAGAAAAUUGCUUUAAUAAUGUAAGUUUCCAUCUAGCUCAACUUGUUAACUAAGCUCAACUUUAUUUUGAUGAGAAUGUGAAUUCAACCUACCUGAUGCUAUUUCUUUAAUUGACAAGAACGUAAAAACCUUACAAAGAUAUAUUCAUGGAAAUUGCACUGUAUAGCACACAAAAAAAUUAUAAUUAACUGUAUGACGAAUUGACCUACCUCUCACGUAUAUAUUGCAUAUUUUAUAUAAUAUUGUUGUUAUACCCUUUCAUAUGACCGGUUCAACCUGCAAAGAAAACAAAAUACAUUAUUAAUUAGUUACUGUGAAAAGUAUCGAACACAUAAACAUUAUCUUCUUUUUUCUUUUCUAUCUUGAUUUUUCGUUGAUAACUACACAUAAAUCGUUGGUUACUCUGCCUUAAUCACCACCGAUCGAUACAAUGGGAACCACCAUCACCAUUGAGCUUUCCAUUGUCACCACCAUAUUCGUUUUCAUCGGAAUCACCCCGUCCUCACCUCACAUCUCACACCUCUGCUUAUUCUUCUCUUCCAUCUACUGUACCAACAGCAAAAUUAUUUCCUCUAUCGCAUGAUAAAUGUACCAUCUCUACUGUUACAGCCACAUACACUAAUUUUCUGUCUCUGUGAGGUACCAAAAUUGAUAAAAGAAGAUGAACAAUUUAUUGUGUUCUAUACUAUUAUAUACAUAUAGAAUAGAACGGGUUUAGUAAUCAACAAA